CGGUUUUUUUUUGUUGAAGCGAAGGGUUGGAUCGGUAUCGCACCAUCGAACCGAGAAGAAGAAGCGAGCGAGUGAGCGAGCUUGUCGUGUAAUUACCAAACAAAGCGAUGCGCCUGGCGAGAAUUGAAUAAAUAAAAGCGGCCGCAGCGUAUGACACUCACUCCCAGUCCACCUCCCCCUCCGAUCAGCAGGAAAGGAGCGGCAGCAGAAGAAUACGCAGCAGCAGGAGCAGCAGCAGCAAGGUGUGUGAACAGUUAGGCUGUGGCAGCCAGCGAGUGAGUGCGAGCAAGAGAGAGAGAGAGAGAGAGAGUGCCAGUGUGAGGACGAGUCGAACCAGGUGUGUUUACAUCCUGCUCUCCACUGCGUCCCCUGUCCCGUGUCCGUGUGCGUUCGCGUGUGUGCCACUCGCCAACAUAUCGAAAAUCGAGCAAUAAACAAUAAUAGAAAACUAGUGCGAAUCCCAGUGCCUGCUGGCUCUUUUUUUUGUGUGUGUACUCUUUCGCUGUGUGCGGUAUCCACGUGCGGUAUCAGCGGAAUCGUUGCCAACUAACUCCAAACGAAUCUGCGCAAAGCGGAAGCCCAAAGCACACGCGAAUUCCAAAUAAAGUCGCAGCGAGGCGAGCAACAUCAUCAUAAUCAUGGCACCGGCUCUGAGCAAACUGGCCAACAACCAGAGCGCCAUCGUCGGCGUGGCGGGCAUGACGGCGGCCCUCUGGAUAAUUGCCUACGGCAAGAUGUCCAACAAGAAGAGGAAAUCCGGCUAUGAGGACAAGAUCCAGUACACAAUUGCCGAGAAGAAGGAGAAGAAGGCGGGCAAGGCCCAUGUCAAUUCAGUAUUCUUCAAACAGCUCCGCCAGCUGCUCCCCAUCCUCAUUCCGGGCUUUUGGAGUGUGGAGACGGGACUGCUGUUCCUGGUUGCCGCUGCCCUAAUUGGACGCUCCGUAAGCGAUAUCUGGAUGAUCCAGAAUGCAACUGUGGUGGAGAGCACCAUUAUCCACAUGAAUCGGGCCAAGUUCAAGACGGCACUUCUCAAGUAUCUGACAGCUCUUCCUGCGAUCUCCGUGGUGACCAACGUCCUCAAGUGGAGUCUUGGUGAGCUGAAGCUUCGCUUCCGAACAAACCUCACACAUCACCUGUACAGUCAGUACCUAAAUGGCUACACGUACUACAAAAUGUCGAAUUUGGACAACAGGAUAGCCAACGCCGAUCAGCUGCUGACCACGGACAUUGACAAGUUCUGCGAAAGCGCCACGGACCUGUACUCGAACAUCAGUAAGCCCGUGCUGGACAUCUUCAUCUAUGUGUAUCGCCUGACUGUGAACCUGGGCGGCAAGACGCCCUCGAUCCUGAUGCUCUACCUGCUCUUCGCCGGCGUUUUUCUAACACGCCUGCGCCGUCCCACUGGCCGCCUCACUGUCGAGGAGCAGAAGCUGGAGGGAGAGUUCCGGUACGUGAAUAGCCGUCUGAUUACCAACUCGGAGGAGGUGGCCUUCUACCAGGGCAAUGUGCGCGAGAAGCUCACACUGCUGGCCAGCUACUCCAAGCUGCGCUCGCAUCUGCGCAAGUUCCUCGAGUUCCGCGUCAGCAUGGGCAUCAUCGACAACAUCAUCGGCAAAUACUUCGCCUCGAUUGUGGGCUUCUAUGCGGUAUCCAUUCCCUUCUUCACGGACAACCAUCCGCUGCUGUCCGGCGAGCAGAGCGGGCAGCGCUUGCAGGCCUACUACACAUACGGACGCAUGCUGGUCAAGCUGGCUGAGGCCAUCGGACGCCUGGUUCUCGCCGGACGCGAGAUGUCCCGUCUUGCCGGCUUCACUGCCCGCAUGACCGAGCUGAUCAAGGUGCUGAGUGACCUCAACAAGGGCACCUAUGAGCGCACCAUGGUCAAUGGCAACAACAUCACGCAGAAUGCCGGCGGCUCGGGGGCAGCCAGCAGCUUUGGUCCGAAUAAGGGAAUCAUGUGCUUUGAGGACAACAUUAUCCGCUUCGAACAGGUGCCGCUAGUGACGCCCAACGGUGAUGUUCUGCUCAAGGAGCUGACAUUUGAAGUGAAAUCUGGCACCAAUGUCCUGGUCUGCGGUCCCAACGGUUGCGGCAAAUCCUCCCUGUUCCGUAUCCUCGGCGAACUGUGGCCCACGUGGGGUGGCAAGGUGACGAAGCCUUCGCGCGGCAAGCUCUUCUACAUACCUCAAAGGCCCUACAUGACACUGGGAACACUACGUGACCAGAUCAUCUAUCCUCAUACGCGCGAGGAUAUGCGGCGCAUGGGACAGAGCGACGAGGAUCUCAUGCACUAUUUGGAAAUUGUGCAGCUGACUUAUUUGGAGCAGCGCGAGAACGGGCUGGAUGCCAUCGAGGACUGGAUCGACGUGCUGUCCGGAGGUGAGAAGCAGCGCAUUGCCAUGGCCCGGCUCUUCUACCAUCGGCCGCAGUUCGCCAUUCUGGACGAGUGCACCAGUGCCGUCUCCGUGGAUGUCGAGGGCAAGAUGUAUAGCUAUUGCCGCGAAGUGGGCAUCACGCUCUUUACCGUCUCGCAUCGCAAGUCGCUUUGGGUGCACCAUGACAACUACCUGCAGUUCGAUGGCCGUGGCAGCUACGAGUUUGCUCCCAUUGACCAGGACAAGGAGCACUUUGGCUCGUAAGGGGACGCAAGGCUCUGCAAUC